AUGAGUUCAAAAGUGCAUUCAUUAAAUUCAUUAAUGACUAGAUCAAUAAUACCAUCUGAACAAAUAAAUGAAAGAGUUGAUAUUAAUCAAUAGGAUGGAAAUAUAAUAAUUGUGAAUAAACCAUUAAAUUUUAUUUUGAAAAGUUCUCUUAAAAAAGAGAAAAAAGGAAAUUAAUAAAAAUUAAGGGUUCUUCGAUUUGCUUAACCUAUAAAAUAAAUAUAUAUUGUUGAAAAUUGGAAAAAAUACAACCAUAGUUUUGAAGAAGAAAAAGAAACAUGCUGCAAAUUAUUUUGA